AUGGGGGCUGGGGCCAGCGCGGAGGAGAAGCACUCAAGGGAGCUAGAAAAGAAGCUGAAGGAAGAUGCUGAGAAGGAUGCCCGGACCGUGAAACUGCUGCUUCUGGGUAGGGGUGUGGGCCCAGGUGGAGCCACUGUCACAAGGUCAGAGGCCCAGGGGCAGGCAGGUGGCCCUUCUGUGAAGCAGGACAAGGUGAGGAUGGGGAGGCGUCGGCGGGGGGGCGCGGGGGGCGCAGCUCUGAGGCCGGGCUCCCCCCCAGGUGCCGGCGAGUCUGGGAAGAGCACCAUCGUCAAGCAGAUGAAGAUGUUCGACGUGGGCGGGCAGCGCUCCGAGCGCAAGAAGUGGAUCCACUGCUUCGAGGGUGUGACCUGCAUCAUCUUCAUCGCGGCGCUGAGCGCCUACGACAUGGUGCUGGUGGAAGACGACGAGGUGAACCGCAUGCACGAGAGCCUGCACCUGUUCAACAGCAUCUGCAACCACCGCUACUUCGCCACCACGUCCAUCGUGCUCUUCCUCAACAAGAAGGACGUGUUCUCCGAGAAGAUAAAGAAGGCGCAUCUGAGCAUCUGCUUCCCCGACUACGACGGGCCCAACACCUACGACGACGCGGGCAACUACAUCAAGGUGCAGUUCCUCGAGCUCAACAUGCGACGCGACGUGAAGGAGAUCUAUUCCCACAUGACGUGCGCCACGGACACGCAGAACGUCAAGUUUGUCUUCGACGCCGUCACUGACAUCAUCAUCAAGGAGAACCUCAAAGACUGCGGCCUCUUCUGAGGGGGGCCCCUCUCGGCCCGGGUGCUCCCCUGCCGUGCCCCGUGAUCUCUGUGCUCCAGUCCCAUGCCCACUCCCCACCCCACCUCCCUACAGCGGACCCACUCCACUGCCUCACCCAGACCUUCCAGGCCCCCUCAGGCUCCACCCCACUGUCACAGGCCCCGCCCCUGGCUCACAAGUCCCACCCACUUAAGCUCUUUUGACCAGGCUCCAAUCCUGCAGGUGUCCUUGUUUCCAAAGCCACCUCCACAGUGUCUCUCAGCCUAGGCCCAGUUAUUUUGGGGCUGGGGAUGCUGACAAGGCUCCUUCUUUUCCCAGGUCCCUGAACCCAUGCAUGUCCUGAGACCCUGUAGCCUAGCCAGCUUGUAGCCCCAGCCAGCAGGACUCCGGAGCCCCGGCCUGUGGCCCCACCAGCCAGACUCAAAACCCUGAGUCCCACUAACUUUCAGUUCCUGACCCUCCCCUGUAGCUCCCAGGCCUCCCAGGGCCAAGUGCCCCAAACCCCAGUGCUGCCCUUCACGGCCUGGCUGCACUGGCCUCCAGGACCCACCACAGCCAGCCCCAGCUAGGAGCCGGCAGGACUUGGGGCAGCUAGAGCACACAGUGACUCAGCAGUGCCCGACUGGCCAAUCUCCUGCAGCUCUCCCGCCCCAGGGGGCCCGUGACUCACCCGGUGGGUCUGGGCUCAGCAAACAGCCCUCCCUCCCAGAGUUUCAGGAAUUGCAGGGGGGCAGGAAGGGAUCCCUCCUCCAAGCAGGCCUGCUUGCCAUCAGCCCGUUCCAAGCCUUACCACCUCCAUGUGACAAGUCUGACACCUGUCUACCCAGUGGCCAGUGACUGUCCCUCCCAGUGGCUUCUGGGGUCCAAAGUCUAAGCCAGCUCUGGCCUGUAUAGCUCUGACAUAGGCCUGGGAGCCCCUGGGUGCCAAAGAGAGACUUAAGCUGGACCCUUCCCCACAGACCAGUCUCAGAGUAACCCCCCAGCCCCUUCCCCCACAGGCUCUGCCCCCUCCGUCCUUGGACACUAGAUCCAUGUUCUACCUCACCCACCCACCCACAGUAUUCGAGGCCUCGGUCAAGGGGAUGGUCUGUUGAGGGAGGAUACUGUUGACACCAGCUUCGGCCAAUGGUCAAGCUGUCCUGAGGGGUGGCUGGGGGCAGAGUUCAGCUCCCAUCGAUCUGCCCCAGGAAAAGAAGUUGGGACAGGAUGGUGGCCCUGAGGGGUCUACCUCAGGUGGGGUCACAAGCAAACCCAGUUGACCCUCGUCCCUGCCAGCAGCUUCUCUCACCCUUUCUACUCAAGGCCCACUUCCCGGCAGGAAUAACUGAGGGCCAGGCCUGAACUGUCAGGGCCAAAAACCCAUGUCCCCUCAUCCCCACUCCCUGCUCCUCAAUUACCCAGUCUUCGCUGAUGCCCAUGGGCCCGGCGCGUACUGCAGGUGAGGACAGGAGCUUCCAUCUAGCGAGGCCAGGGCACCAUUCGCACUCCCCGUGACUAGAUGCUCAGACUCAGCAAUAAACCUUUGCAUCAGGUCCCCGAUGUCCUUUCU